GUCAGACUUCGGAGUUUCGUUCAAAUUAGAUAUGGCGGGUGUUGUUCUUGAGACUUUAAACGUUCGGAAGCUUGCUUCUUUUGGAUGUCUUAUGCUAGCUGUACAAAUUUGCUUUUUCCUUAUUGGUGGACUUAUAGCACCAGCUCCUAACACAACAGACCAGAUAUUAAUGUCCAAGUGUAUUGAUCGUUCCGGUGAUGUAUUAAAGUGGCAUUUUGCCAGACCGAUAUCUAAUGAGAGCUGUCAGGAACUCUUACCAGAUGGUGAUAUUGAGGAAGUAGUUCCGUCUGACGUUGAUGCAAAUGCAAUAGUGUUCAUUGCUCAGUUCCCACACCCAAGAGAUGGGAUGGAUCUGCAUAUGACCAGAUGGUUCCAACAAGUCAUUGGUGUGUUGAUGUUAGAUAUCAAGCAAAAAUAUUCCAAGGAAUUGGAAAAUACUGAGAUAACAUUUGAUUUACGAUUGGGCUAUCGUAAUCAUGAUGACCCUAAACAUGUUUGGCACGAAUUAGCUCGUUCAGUUGAAGUUCGACCGCUUAAAUGUACUCUUGACCGCGAAGCUAAGCGACACCAAGGACAUGCUCAUGCGCUUGAUGAAGGAUUUUACUACGAUUGUGAGGUUUUACCUUUGUUCACCUUAGCUAGUUGUCAUCAUGAAGAAUACUUGUUAAACUUGAGAAUUCCUGUCGAUGAGAAGCGGAAAAUUAACGUUGGUGUUGGAAGUAUUCAGGAUGUGUGGAUGGUUGAAAUUCAUCAAAAUGGUGGAUUUACUAAGGUAUGGUUUUCGUUGAAAACAUUUUCAUUCCCAAUUGUAUUACUGGCUUUAAUAUUUUUUGGUCAUCGUGUCAGGGAGUUAGAACGUCCACCAAACAUACUAGAAAAAACUAUAUUUAUCUUGGGAAUUUGUUUAUCUAUCUUGAAUUGUCCAGUUGAGUGGUUAUCACUUAUAUAUAACUUCUCAUUUUGGCUUGUCUUAAGUGAUAUACGUCAAGGUUUAUUUUAUGCUACGCUUGUUUGCUUUUGGCUUGUUUUCACUGGUGAGCACAUGAUGCAAGACUCAUCAUCGGGGAAUCGAUCAAAGCCUAAUAAUAAUUGUUAUGGUCUAAAUGGAUUGUAUUGGCCAAGAAUUUUACUUGUGGCCAGUUGUUGUGCUGCUUUAUUUAUUUUUGAAUUAGCUGAACGUGGAGUACAAAUACGUAAUCCAUUUUACAGUAUAUGGUCUCAUCCAAUUGCUGCGAAAAUGGGUUUAACAAGUAUUGUAAUCGGUGCUUUGUGUGCAUUUGCUUACAUGAUCUAUUUAACUAUAUUAGUUGUUAAAGCAUUCAUACAAAUAUUGGGUAAACGUCGUCUGUUAAACAAUCUUCCAGCGGAACAACGUCGAUAUUACAGUGGUAUUAUAUAUCGUUUCAUGGUACUUCUAACUUAUACAAUAAUAUGCGCUGGACUUACUGUUGCAUUCUUUAUCUUUAGUCAGGUUACAGAAGAUCAAUGGAAAUGGGGUGAAAAAAGUGUGGAAUACACUUCAGCUUUUAUAACCGGUGUUUAUGGUAUGUGGAAUGUAUACGUUGUAGCCGUAUUGUGUUUGUAUUCACCAUCACAUAAAUUUCGUAGUGUCACUGGUCAACAAUUAUACAAUCGAUUAUUAAUUAAGAAUUCUGUAACAACAACAAUACUACCUGAUACCACUACUAGUAAUACCACUGCUUCUACUGUUGCUACAAUGCAUGAUACAUUUUUAGGUCAUGAAUUCAAUAUGUUUGAUAAACAAUCAGAAACAAUUCAAUUAGUACCGAAACAAUCAAUUGAUUACAAAGAGAAUUCAACAUCUACAUCUACAUCUUUAUCAAAUGUUGAAACAAAAUCUUAUCUCUUAACAGAAGGUUUGAAAUUUAUCCGUAAAGAAGCAUUUGAAUAAAUUCACAUGAAAUGAUUUCCAAGAAGAAGAAGAAGAACUACUACUACCAUCGAUGUUCAUCAUUGUCUUCACUUCAUUUUAUUGCAUCCGGUAGGUUUAUUCUCUCGGUUUUAACACAAAUUAAUAUUUUAUUGAUAUACAAUAUACAAAUUUGUUUCACCAUCCUUAUAUAUCCAUAUACUUUAUAAACAGUAAUUGCAUAUAUAUAACAUACUAUACCAAAGGUGCUUUAUUAUUAUUGUUAUUAUUAUUAUUAUUAUUAUUA